AUGAUACCGGUCAUACGUAUGAGGCGAAGACGAAGGGCGACGAAGAGGACCGAACAAGUGACGCGCAAAGGACAACGACCGGACCGCACCGGACAGUCCACCCUCAUCUCAUUCCCUGUGUCCAGAACUGUUUCCAGACUCAUAUGUGGCAACGCACCACCUCCUCGGCCUUUGUCGGCGCCCUCCCGCUAUGCGUUCUUUGCAUAUUGGGAUUCGAGACUGAAUGAACGUGAAAGCGGAGAAAGAUAG